UCAUUUAUUUAAUUAACAUUACAAAAACAUCACCCCAAAAUGUGUUAAAAUUACCUUCAAUUAAAUCAUUAUGAAUCAUGAGGUCUUGGAAUGACUGGAAAGAUGCAAGCUCCCCCUUGUGGCACUUAAAAUAAAUCACUAGGACAGUAUGUUGGCCAGCCAGACAGAAAUUUCAAGUCACUCUUGUGAUAUUAACAAUUUAAUUUGUCCACAAUUAUCCCAAACUCACAAUGUGUUAUACUAGUGUACAUUGUCUCAUCCCUGGGAGAAAAGAGGCUGAAACUGUCUCAUCACAAACAACUGCUAAAUGUCGAUACUGAUGUGUGUUCAGCUGAGGUCAUCGACCCUGAACCAGCAGGGACCAAAGACCAGAUCAGGUUCACACACUCGGCCACAUCAGAGAGAAACAACGCUGACAAAGAGCAGCAAGAAGGACGAGGAACAAAGACGACAAAGGCCAGCAGUGAGAGCAACAGCCAGGAAAAGCAACAGCUUUGAGAAAAAGGACAAGAACAGACGGUGAUCCAGUUGUGUGGAGACGUGGAGCAGGAUGGCGGUGGCGCUGCAGGUCGUGGGUCUGGUUCUGGGUGUGGCGGCCUGGUGUGUGCAGUCAAGCUGUAUGUCAUCACAGCUGUGGAAGGUGAGGAGUCAGAUUGAGUCACUCAGCAGCAGCCAGUGGCAGUUUGAAGGUCUUUGGAUGAGCUGCGCUGCAACGUCGCUUGGGUCAGUUCAGUGCAGUCGCUUCAAGACGGUGUUAGGGUUGCCAAUUCACCUGCAGACCUGCAGGGCUCUGAUGAUCCUGUCACUGCUGCUCAGUCUCGCCGCCAUCAUUGUGUCUGUGCUCGGACUUAAGUGCACCAAGAUCGGCAGAAUGUCAGAGCGUGUGAAGGAGCAGGUUGCCCUGAGCGGGGGAGUCCUCUUCAUCCUGUCUGGCCUCUUCACUUUGAUCGCGGUGUCAUGGUACGCCGCCAGGGUCAUCAACGACUUCUAUGACCCCCUGUACGGAGGAGUCAGGUUUGAGCUGGGUACUGGUCUGUAUCUGGGCUGGGUGUCUGCCUCUCUCGCCUUACUCGGCGGAUCAAUGCUCUGCUGUUCUUGCAGGAAGACACAGCCCACACCUGUCACACGACAGUUCUCCUACAGCUACUCAAACUCGAGUUCGAGCCGCGGACCAAGCAUCUACAGAGCAGCUCUGCCGUUAGACAACAGCAGCUCCAAAGCCUACGUCUAAACCAUGAACCUGAAAAACAGUCAUACACGUGUUUUUCAUGAUGACGUUUUAUUAUGAAGCGCUCUGUGGUCAUUUUGUAUCGUUGGUGUUUAAUCACCUGAUUCUGUUGUAAAUAAAAAAGUUUCCUCUCAUCA